GAUGGAAACAAACGGGCAAACGGUUUGAUAUCGAAAGGCCGUCACCACACUCACGCACGCAGGUGACUCUCGCGUUCUAGGCCUCCAGAACACUGACACAUCCCCAUUCGGGCGCAUGCGUCACAAUCGUCACACACGCCCCCGAGGGAGGACAGACAACCAGGCACGCACGCAGCCAGCCAGGCAUGCAACACAAUCACCCUUCCCCCACCCCCGAGUGUCUCCUCAAACGCCCUUCUAUCAAACGCAAACGCACCGUUCAUUAUCAAGUCGUGCUCGGUUCGUGAAAAACGCAGGAAAGCGUACAGCUUUGUUUACCAGCAAAUGGUGUUCCUGGUCAAACAUUCUGUACUAAUGCAUAAAACUAACCAAUACAUCCAGUGCUAACCAUUUGGUAACGCUUCCGUAGCGGACAGUAGCAGUUGCCAGUAAAAAAAAACAAAAAAAACAGUUGCCCCUAACUGUGAUUUGAAAAGUGACGCAAAACUUUCGUGCGGGACGGAACGCGCAGUGCAGCGAGUGCCAGAAGAGGCGAAAGCCGUCUCAUAGCCGGGCCAAAAACAAAAACACAAAUUGAACGGGACUGGUGGGCGCAAUAGGGUGCUGCCGGCCAUCUACAGUCGGCUACUGGCCAGUGUAUCGCUCCAGAGUUGGUCUCACCGGAAGUCUUCGUGAUGGCUGAGCGAGAUUACAUCGGGUUUUCAACGCUCGCCGAACAGGUGCACCGGAAGUCGGUAAAACGAGGUUUCGAGUUCACGCUCAUGGUGUGCGGCGAGAUGGGCCUCGGCAAGUCAACGCUGAUCAAUACACUGUUCCUCACCGACCUGUACAAGCACCGCACGGUGCUACCGGUAGAGGAACGCAUCGAGAAGACGACGCGCAUCGAAAAGAAAACGAUUGACAUCGAGGAAAAGGGCAUCAAGCUACGGCUGACCAUCGUCGAUACGCCCGGUUUCGGUGAUUCCGUCAACUGCGAGGAUAGUUGGCGCGUGUGCACACAAUACAUCGACGAACAGUUUCGGCAAUAUUUCACCGACGAAAGUGGUCUCAAUCGGCGCAACAUACAGGACAAUCGAGUGCACUGUUUGCUUUAUUUCGUGCCACCCUACGGACACGGCCUACGACAGCUGGACAUCGAGCUGAUCCGACGAUUGCACAAGAAGGUGAAUAUCAUCAUUGUGAUUGGCAAGGCGGACACAUUGACCUCGUCAGAGAUCAAGGAACUGAAGGCACGCAUAAUGGUCGACAUCGAGCAGAAUGGUAUACAGACGUACCGCUUCCCGGACUGUGAUUCGGACGAGGAUGAAGAGUUCAAGCAGCAGGACCGUGACCUGAAAAAGAGCUUACCGUUCGCGGUUGUCGGCAGUAACAUGGUGCUGGAGGUAGCCGGCCACAAAAUCCGGGGUCGCCAGUAUCCAUGGGGCGUUGUAGAUGUCGAAAACCCAAACCAUAGCGAUGUGGUGAAGCUUCGGACGAUGCUCAUUUCAACGCACAUGCAGGACCUGAAGGAUACGACGCGCGAUGUGCACUACGAGAACUAUCGGGCGCAAUGCAUUUCACAAAUUUCGCAGCAUGCGUUACGCGAACGCAACAAACUGAAGCGCGAAUCGACAACCUCAAAUCCGGAGAUCACGGAAACUGAUAGACUACUGCUGCAAAAGGACGAAGAGAUUCGUCGCAUGCAGGACAUGCUUGCUCAGAUGCAGGAAAAACUAAAAUCAUCCAAUAUUGAAUCUGUAGUCGACGUUUAGUACCAACAAGAAUACGGUCUCCAGUUGUGUUGUCACGUUCCGACCAAUAUACUUAUUUUCUUAACGUUUCUAUGUCGAUGAAUUGUAGAAACGGAGCAGCGCGUCGUCAAUCUUAUUCCCACCGUAUUAAAGCGAAAUGGUUAGCGGAAGUAAUGUAUUUAACGUACGUUAGCGGAAUAUUUGGUAGACCAACACAGAGAAUUCAGAAGCGAAUCCUGCCGUCACAUUUAACAACUAAAAGACCACUAGCUAUAUUUUUUUUUUCUGUAGCACCUGGCUGAAAGUACCAGCCAAUGAAAACACAAAGGCCCCGUGGUGGCAUUUACAAAGAAAGUUUCAGAGAACAGAGAGACGAUAACCCUUGGCAUGACAAAUCUAGGCUUACACGAUAGCAGUAUUGCAAUUUGGAAGCAAACAUCCCGAAUCCCGUGGCGAAUGUAAUCAAAUGGAUAACACGUGUAUUGCAGGAGAAGAAAUAUGAUGUCACGAGCAUGGAUUAGCACCAGCUGACACAAUUGAGCUCUUUCAAAAUGAACGACAAAAGGUGAACGCUUCGACAGGACACGGACGCAGUUCUUUUAGUUUUUUUAACUUUGCGGAUAAAUGACACAUUAACGACGUUACCAGAAUUAGAACAAGAGUAGGAUAAGUUUUUUUUUGUAAUUUAUUGCUACCAUCAUUUACCUACCGGUAAUGCGUGCUUCAGACGACUGUAGCAGUUGGUUUGGAUAGCGCGUAGUGUAAUGAAAUACCAAAAAAUAGAAAGGACUACAAACGAAGGUUACCACCGGCACUCGUGAAUGUGUCGACGAUUAAAUUAUCCACCUGUAAUGGCAUCAUAGGUUGCGAGGUGUAUUGCUUUAGUUUUGUUUUUGUUUUUUGUUGGUUCGUUUUAUCUUUGGUUUGAAGACGGAUAGUUGGUAAGAAAGGCUAUGAAAUAGGAGUAGCGAAUGUUAGCGUCCUAGAUGCCUCGAAUAAGCAAACGUCUGCUAAAUGCUUCGAGUAAUUUAACAUAAAUUAUAUACCAACGAC